AUGGAAUUCUGGUGGUCCUCCUUGUCCUUUUCUUCUGAGCUGCUCCACAAUCAUGUGCCCAUCAAGCCUCUCCCCACAGCCGAAGACAGAGCGAGUCACGGCACCAUUCAAUCCUCACGCUUUGCUCAUACCGCUCGGCGCUCACACCUGCGUUCUUGGAGCCUCUCCCACACGAGUCCUUCUUGAUCUACGCUGCUGCUUAACAUCUUCUCGAAUCCUCAAACAGCAUCGUCAUUUUCCCGUCCGAGCAUCUGCUCCCUCGACCUUUGUUGCGUUGCAACUGUCGCCAGCUGCAGCGGACCACCGUCUGCACCUCGGCUUGACGCAUUGAAUCCAGAUUCGGAGAACAUCGGACACUCACACAUUCCCUUCUUUGACUCGCAUUUUGAGUCACCACGAUACUCGCCCCCCGACCGUUCGAGUUGUUCUCCCUCCAAGUACCAGGCCGCAAGGCCUGAUCCUUGAUCAACAUGUCGUGGAAGCCCUCUGAGAAGUUGAUGCAAACAAUUGCCCACUAUGCAAGCUUUCCACCGACCGGCGUCAGUCUUCGUCAGAUGGUGCAGUUUGGCGAGCGACCGUCGACUGGCACCCUCUUUCGCGCCUCUCAAUUCCUCUCCGAAGAGCUUCCGGUGCGUCUCGCUCAUCGAGUAGAAGAGCUGGGUAAGCUACCAGAUGGUCUGAAUGACAUGACAUCCAUACAAAAAGUCCGAGAUUGGUACGCUCAGUCAUUUGAGGAGAUCACAACCAUGCCGCGACCUGAUCUCGACCACGAAACUCGAAACCGGCUCCUCAAUCCACCCAAGAAACCGAGCAACAAGCUCUCUUCGACUACUCGGAAUCCCAGUCUGAAGCACGACGAGAAUGGCAAUGGCAAGGGCUCUCUGAACUCCCGACGGUAUUAUGCCGCUCUAGAUGACGGACGAGAAUGGCCUCCGGUCCUUGCGGAGUACAACCGGAAAUUUGCCCGCACCCUCGAGAUGAUCAAGAGAAGACACGACCCAGUCGUAACAACAGUGGCCCAGGGCAUCAACGAGUGGAAGCGAAAGCAACAACGCAUGCAGAUUGACUCGUCAAUACAAUCAUUCCUCGACCGCUUCUACAUGUCGCGCAUUGGCAUUCGAAUGCUCAUCGGACAACACAUUGCUCUCACCGAACAACAAUCUCACAGACAUCCCAACUACGUCGGCAUUAUAUGCACAAAGACAAAUGUGAGGGAACUUGCCGAAGAGGCGAUCGAGAACGCGAGAUUCGUGUGCGAAGAUCAUUACGGCUUGUUUGACGCACCAAAAGUUCAAUUGUUUUGCAACCCCAGUCUCAAUUUCAUGUAUGUGCCGGGCCAUCUGUCACAUAUGCUGUUCGAAACACUCAAAAAUUCGUUACGAGCGGUCGUGGAAACGCACGGCGCAGACAAAGAGGAUUUCCCAGUCACAAAAGUGAUUGUCGCAGAGGGAAAAGAGGACAUUACCAUCAAAAUCAGCGACGAAGGAGGUGGAAUACCGAGAUCGGCCAUCCCUCUCGUCUGGACAUACAUGUACACUACAGUCGACACGACACCAGAGUUGGACCCGGGGUUUAAUGCAAGUGAUUUCAAGGCGCCCAUGGCUGGGUUUGGGUACGGCUUACCCAUUUCACGCUUAUACGCGAGAUAUUUCGGAGGAGAUUUGAAGUUGAUCUCAAUGGAAGGGUACGGCACGGAUGUAUACUUGCAUCUCAAUCGACUUUCCUCGUCGUCGGAACCUCUGCAAUAACAAUUAGCAGUCAUGAGGGAUAGCAGCGGGUCCCAAGGAUUGGCGUUGAACGGUACAGUGAGACAUCGAAACUCUUCGUUGUCGAGCAUGAGCACUGGGCGUCUGGCCGCGAUGCGCUCACGCUUACGAAGUCGAGAGAUCUCGGAACGGAAACAGGUCGGUGACGCCGAGAGUAUGAUCAAUGAGGAGCCCAAUGCCAUGCAACCUGGAGGGGCGAGUCAGUGGUUGGAAUGAGAUGGGAAAUGCACAGACGGAGAACUGCGAGAAAGCGUCAGCAGAGAUGAAAUGAAAAUUGAUUGAUGUUCAAGA